AUGGAAAGACUAGCAUAAUUAUUUCAAUCACAAGCAAGUGUCUCAAGCGCUAGCACUUCUUCAUUUUCAAGAGCUUCUCAGUUGAAUUAACUGCAUAGACUGUAGAAGCCUGAUCAAUCAAGCGACGAUUAUGAAGAGCUUGAAUGUGAUUUAUAGCAACUUUUGGAUCACUAUAAAUUUCAUCCCUUGAAUUACUUCUUCCUCAGUAAUAUUGUAUUGAUUGGAAAAACAGAUGAAUUUGAUCUCUACUAAGUGUUUUCUAAUGAGCUUGAAUAGAAAUUCCUACUCAAGGUAAUCAAUGAUGAAAAAUUAUUUGAAUGUGAGAAGAGAAUAAUUGAUAAGUUAGAGGGAACAUUAUCCACUCUAAAGAUGAAUAAUGCUUUUACAUUUGAGUUUCCAGUCACCCAGGGUGGACCAUAGCAGGACAGAUAAUUCUAUUUUAUAUUUGAACCAUACAAGGAGAAUCUGAUUUAAAUAAUGACUUAGAAAUAGUCUUAAAAAUCUAAAACUUCGAAUGAAAAAGUACUAUAUGAGGAGAGCUAGCCAGUUUUCUCAGAAAAGGAAAUGAGAAAUUUAGCUGGAGAGCUAAUAGAAGUAUUCGGAGAUUUAUAAAGAAAAAGGAUAUGCCAUCGAAAUAUUAAGCCUGCGAACAUUUUAAGAAUGGACUAUGAUGGUGAGAAAAAUCUUAGAGUAUAUAAUUUUGAAUGGGCUGUUGAAUUGUAGGCUCUUGAAUAAUUUAACAAUGUCGAUCUAAAUGACUCUAAAUCAGCAGCUUAGUUGCAUGAUUAAGAUUAGAUUCCUAUGAAUGUAGAAGCAUGUUCAAUGGUUUAUGCAUCUCCUUUGGUUAUCAAAUAAUUUAUGGAUAAAGCAAAGAGUAAAGAUAAAGAUGAAACAGAGUUAUAAAAAUACAAUCCCUUUAAAGAGGAUGUGUUUGGUCGACCUGAUUUUAUUCAGCUCGAAUAGAUUUACAAAGAUUUAAUUAAGAUGGAUGAUUGCAAGCAGCUACUCUACAAUCUUACAAAUAAAGAAGAUGAGACAGACAAUAUCGAAGAAACCCAAUAAUAACAAAAAUAGAACCUAUAUAAAACUCUUUAUUAAAACGUGGAUCAAUUUCUUGAAUUGAAAAAGAGAGAGGUUCAAGAGAUAUACUAAAACUAGUCUGCAAGUACUCCUAGUAGUUCAAGCCAAAGGUUUUCCCCUUAAAAAAGUGAUUGCAAAUUCCAUAUAUAUUCUCCUUAACUAAUAUGUCCUGUGCAUGACGAUGAAAAAUUCAAGUACUUUUGUCGAAAAGACCAGGAAUUCGUUUGUGAAUAUUGCUUGGUAGAAAGACAUUAAGAUCACAAUAUUGAGGACUUGUCAGAUAAAUCUAAGUACCUUAAAUUGCAAUUUUAGGCUUAAUUAGAAUCAGCAUAGAAUAUUCAGUAGCUGGUGCAAACUAAAAAGUCAAGCAUCAGAUCUGGCAAACAUAUAGAUCAGUUCUUUGAUGGUAUUUUCCAAUCUAUAUUGGUAUUGCAUUAGUAAGUCAAGGAUAAAUAUCGAGAAAGAAUAGAUGACAAUUAACUCUAAUUCUAAUUUGAAAAGCAUUGCAAAAAGUAGGAGACUAAGUUUAAAGCUGACCUCGAUGAGAUUAAUUCUUUUAUAGAAGAGGAAAGGUUCGCUGAAACAUAUACUAAUCUCGAGUAUUAUGAGGAUUAAAUUAGACAGAUGGAAAAGCUAAAGUAAAAUAUGAGCAUUUAUGAUAAUCUACUAGAAAAUGAGACGGAAAAGCUUGGAAAGCAUAGUUCUAAGGAGCUUUUGUAGUUAAAAAAUGACAUUCUUAAGAAGAUCAAGGUGUAUAUUAAUAAAAAUAUGUGA